AACUCGAAUAUGUAUAGCCUCGUCUUCUCUUUAUAGGCUCCCACCAUUGCCGAGAAAGUUCACCGGCGGAAAUCUCCGGCGAAAUUAGUCGCAAAAUGGAGAAGGAAAUUCCGAGCCCCAAUUCGAAUUCAGUUCACCAUUACAACCAGAAGAAGCUCGGGAAGCAGAGCAGCCACAUAUCCAUGUCUGACACCGAGUCACAAGUUAGUCAAAUCGACUCCUUCCAUUCGCCUCUCCGAUCCGACUCGCCUCUCCGCUCCGACGAGCCAUUUCCGGACCCGAACCCCAAGUCUCCGCCGUCUCCGCUGCCCCUGUCUAAGGCGGUUGUUGCAGCAGAUAAGCCCUCCUCUCCCCUCUAUUCGCCGCGGAAGCCGUCGUCGUCGGAGCACCUCAGGGCGCCUCACACUCCCCCACCGCCUGCUGCCGUGGACAAGUCGCCGCCGCAGGUGUACUACAAUCGGGCGGCCGGAGAGCCCGCGGCCACGAAGGUGCGGCCGGCUCGGCAUCGUGGGGACUUGGAGGAUGGUGAGCGUUGGGCCAGGGCGUCGGUUAUCCGGCCUUCGACGAUGGCGGUGGCGGUUACUAAGGCAGCGUUAGGGUUUAGGGUUUGUGAGGUGAUUUUCUGCUUGAUUUCCUUCUCGGUUAUGGCUGCUGAUAAAACUCAAGGCUGGAGUGGAGACUCCUGGGAUCGAUACAAAGAAUACAGGUAUUGUUUAGCAAUGAAUGUUAUUGGAUUUGUAUAUGCUGGAUUUCAAGCCUUUGAUUUAUCCUACUAUUUGGCCACUGAGAAACACUUCAUCUCUCACCACCUGCGUCGUCAUUUUGAUUUUGCCAUGGAUCAGAUUUUGGCAUAUCUUUUGAUGUCGGCAUCAUCUUCUUCUGCAACAAGGGUAGAUGAUUGGGUAUCCAACUGGGGGAGUGAUGAGUUCACAGAAAUGGCGACUGCUUCCAUCGCCAUGUCCUUCCUAGCUUUUCUUGCCUUCGCCUUGAGCUCUCUUGUAUCUGGUUACAAUCUCUGCAACCGCUCAGCUUGAUCCUUCAUUCUGCCAGCAUCAAUGUUCAAUAUAUUUGCACUUUUUAUUUUUCUUUUCUUGUUUCUAUGUUUUUUUUUUUUUUUUUUUUUUUUUUUUAAAUCGCUGCAUAAAGUUCAUCUAUAGUAAAUCCCUUCCCCAGAGCUGUACAGCUAUAGUGAUAGAUUAAAGCAUAAUAAAAAUAAAUGUAAUAUAUUAAAGUUCCAAUCAAAAUCAUGCUUAUAUA